AGAUUCAAGAGGGCCCCAAAAAUCAGCCUUCUCCUUUCCUUUUCAGAGGACCUUCCAAUAUGUAAUCUUUCUAAUUCGGAAUUAUACAAGAUCCAUGUCCAGUCUCUUGCCAGACACUCACCCCAUAGAUACAAUAUUUGAUUUUACACGCUUUUUAAGGGGGGAUUCUUUGUCCCUCUGACAAUACCGUGAAGCGGACGAGGAGAUGUUUGGGUGCAAGUGUUUCCAUUGGAAGAGAAUCGACAAUUUGUUGCAAUCUGAACCUGACUACUUCUCUCUCCCUGCUCCUCUCCCAGAUUGGCCUCCAGGCGAAGGAUUUGCUUCUGGAAGGAUAAAUCUUGGGGCAAUUGAAGUUGUUAAAGUCUGCAGGUUUGAGUUGAUUUGGACCUGCAAUCUUUCACGGGACAAGAAGAAAGUUGUGUCAUUCUACAAACCCGUGGGAGUGCCUGAUGGAUUUUAUAGUCUUGGUCACCACUGCCAAUUUAACAAUAAGCCCUUUAGAGGUUUUCUCCUUGUGGCUAGGGAGGUUACCUUUUCUGAUACAGAAGGGACUAAUUUUGGCAGGCCUAUCAAUUCUCCUGCUCUUGAAAAGCCCCUUGAUUAUACAUUAAUCUGGAGUUCAUAUGAUGGAAGCGAGGAAAACUAUGAUGGAUGUGGUUUCUUCUGGCUACCUCAACCUCCUGAAGGUUAUAAACCUUUGGGCUAUUUAGUUACUGGGAACCCAGAGAAGCCAGAUGUGGAUGAAGUGAGGUGUGUUAGAGCAGACCUGACAGAUGAAUGUCAAGCUUAUCGCCCAAUUCUUACUUGCUGUUCCAAAAUUUCAACUUUUCCAUUUCAAGUUUGGAGCACAAGACCUAGCCAUCGAGGAACAAUGGGAAGAGGUGUUUCAGUUGGCACAUUUUUCUGCAGUAGCAACUGGAUGUCUGGAGAGAACCUCAGUAUUGUAUGCUUGAGGAAUUCAAAUCCUGAAUUACAUAGCAUGCCAAAUCUUGAACAGAUCCAUGCACUCAUCAGUCACUAUGGGCCAAGAGUUUUCUUUCAUCCUGACGAGGUCUACUUACCAUCUUCUGUUUCGUGGUUUUUCAAAAAUGGAGCACUUUUAUAUAAAGCUGGUGACUUGACAGGUGAAACCAUCGAUGCUAGUGGCUCUAAUUUGCCUGUGGGCGGGACAAAUGAUGGGGCAUUUUGGAUAGAUUUGCCUAGUGAUGAUCGCAGAGAUACUGUCAAAUUGGGAAAUUUGGAAAGUGCAAAACUAUACGUUCAUGUGAAGCCUGCGCUUGGUGGGACUUUCACUGAUAUUGUGAUGUGGGUAUUUUGCCCGUUCAAUGGACCAGCUACUCUUAAAGUUGGACCUGUAAAUGUUGCCCUUAGCAAGAUUGGGCAGCAUGUGUGUGACUGGGAACAUUUCACUCUCCGAAUAUGCAACUUUACUGGAGAGCUGUUGAGUAUGUAUUUCUCUCAGCACAGUGGUGGUGAAUGGGUUGAGGCUUAUGACUUGGAGUACACAGAGGGCAAUAAACCUAUUGUUUAUUCAUCAAAAAGCGGACACGCAAGCUAUCCUCAUCCCGGGACCUACAUGCAGGGGUCUGCAAAACUUGGGAUUGGAAUAAGGAAUGAUGCAGCUCGUAGUAAUUUGUAUGUAGAUUCAAGCACCAAUUAUGAAAUCGUUGCAGCUGAGUAUAUAGGAGGUGAUUUUUCCAUUGAGCCUAAUUGGUUGCAAUAUAUGAGAGAAUGGGGUCCAAAAAUUGUCUACAAUUCAAGGAAUGAGCUAGAUAAGAUCAUUAACCUUUUGCCUAUGAUGCUUAGAUAUUCUGUGGAGAACAUAUUUUAUAAGCUUCCAGUGGAGCUUUAUGGGGAAGAAGGUCCUACUGGACCUAAGGAAAAGAAUAAUUGGGUGGGAGAUGAAAGAGGCUAGGUAAUGCAUACUGUCGUCUCUCUUGUUCCUUCACUGCUCCAAUUACACUGUUAGAGAAUCUUUGAAUCCCAUGGCUUGUACCAUUUAUGUAGAUGUCUCAUUAUUGUAUAGGAAUUUUUAAGAUAUCAGUAUUGGUUUCCUUCUGGUUAAAGUUGUUUCUUAAAGGGGAAGAAGAAGUUAGCAGAUUUGUAUGGUGGAUAGAGGUCUGGAAAAUGAAGAAGAAGAUCUUAGCUACCCAUUUAUGCUGUAAUGGGCAGAGUGUUCAGUCCUAUAGUGAUUUCAGUUAUAUAUAUAUAUAUAUUUGUUUGAUUGUUUGUUUGUU